AUAACCGGCUUACCAUUUUGCAUUGGGCCGUUCUCUGACGAGCUAAAAUGGGCUGAACGACCAGGCACAAUCUCAGCAACUCGGAUUGCACAGCAGCUCCAGUGUCCACGUCUCUCUCUCUCUCUCUCUCUCUGAACUGCUCUCUGGUUCUCCCUCUCGCGGAUUGGAAAGGGUUUUCAGGAUCUGGGUUUCACCACACCAAGGAAGAGAUGCUACUGAGUGUAACUUGAUAUCCCCAGACAUGUCAUGGUCCAAGGUUUUCAGAUUGCCACAAUUUUCCAAGAAUUUGCAUCAAUCAUAUAAUGGGUUCAGGUGCUCACUUGAAGCUCCGGGGCUAAAUUUUGUGGGAACUAACGGUGCUAGAAAUGGGUGGGGUUUCGGUUCCGAAUAUCGGGGGUUUAUGACAAGAUGUGAAAUACGUACGGGGUCAUUGAGUAGAUGUGGCAGGUUUUUGGCUCCGAGAACUCCAUGCUUGGACAAACCGCGCCAAUAUGCAACUCAUUCUUCAAGAGAACAGAAAUCAAAUAAGAUGCUUAUCUAUCUGACGGGAUUGGUUUUUGCGAUGGUGGGGUGUAGUUAUGCUGCCGUUCCUCUGUACAGAAGAUUCUGCCAAGCUACUGGCUAUGGGGGUACUGUGCAGCGGCGCGAGAGUGUUGAAGAAAAGAUUGCUCGGCAUGCUCAAGAUGGAACAGUCACCACCAGGGAGGUUGUGGUGCAGUUCAAUGCUGACGUGGCUGACGGAAUGCCAUGGAAGUUUAUUCCCACCCAACGUGAGGUACGGGUUAGGCCAGGAGAAAGUGCGCUUGCAUUUUACACUGCUGAGAAUCAAAGUUCAAUGCCUAUAACUGGUGUAUCUACGUACAAUGUUACCCCAAUGAAGGCCGCAGUGUACUUUAAUAAGAUCCAGUGCUUCUGCUUCGAGGAGCAACGACUUCUUCCUGGAGAGCAGAUUGAUAUGCCGGUAUUCUUUUAUAUAGACCCUGAGUUUGAAACAGAUCCUAAAAUGGAUGGUAUCAACAACUUGAUCUUGUCCUAUACCUUUUUCAAGGUUUCUGAAGAAUAGAGGACUACUGCCCCCAAUAUUAACAUCUGCGUAUGUACCUCUAAUAAGAUUUGGCUUUUGUAACAAUAUUCUCUCAUUUUUAUUCUUGAUAGUUUAGUCAACAGAAUUUUUUUGAGGAACUGUUGAUGUGAAGUGAGGCGGAAGCGCUUUUUGACUUGUGAAUUUGUUCGAGGACAUGGAAAAGAAUGAGCUAAUGGCUAGCCGCAAUAAAUUUUCCAAUUCCAGUGUGUUUAAAA